UUUCCAUUGAUCGGGGUAAGGAACGCCUUGUCGAUUCUAUAUUUUAGUUCACAAAAACUAGGUAGCUAUUUUUUCUCUUAUUUUCUGUGCUCUUGUGCAUAGAGAUGAAAACUAAGUAAUCUUGCUGGUAAGGGAAUCAGAACUUACAGAUACCAUGGCAUCAACACCAGGCAAGCUUGUACAGUAUGUAGUAGUACGAGGAGAUCUACUCAAGACGUUAGGGUGGCCCACAGGUGCUGUCUUAGCCCAAGCUUGCCAUGCCUGCACUGCUGCCAUCUGGAUGUUUAAGGAAGAUCCAUCUACUUUAAGCUAUACUGAAGACUUGGACAGAAUGCAUAAAGUAGUUCUGGAGGCAAAGGACAGGGAUGAAAUAGAGAGUUUGUCCAGAUCUCUGACUGUAGAUUCCAUUGAUCACAAACUAUGGAUAGAACAACCAGAGAAUUUUCCAACAUGUCUUGCGACUAAACCAUAUGCUAAAGAAGAUAUACAAAAGUAUUUCAAAAAAUAUAAAUUAUUUAAAUAAGUCAUACCAGUUUUUCUUGUUGUUUUAAGAAUAAUAAGAGAAAAAAGGAGAAAAGAUAUGAUUUAUCAGGUGGUAGUGUUGUCAUCAUUUAAGUAGCAUAAUGCUGAAAGGGAAGGGGUGGGGGGAGGGGGUAUCCCUGCCCCCUCCCCUCCCACCAGAAUAUCAAUACCUGUGCAUCUCCCUCCCCUGCUGCUAACCUGGCUUUGCACAUACUUGACGAAGUGAAUGUGUUUCUGCUGUUUUUUUUUUAACAUGUGAAGCAGAAACAGUUUUUGUUAUAACAAGUUGGAUAAGGAAGCAAUAAAUAUUUCAUAAACUUUACAUUUUGAUAUUACAGACACUCAAUGUAUCAAUGCCAUACCAUCAAAUGUUAUUGAAUAAUCAACCAAAAUAUUGUUGUUCAAAUAAAAAAAAAUUAAAGUAAAUGUGAAAUAGAAGAAUGUCAGAAAGAUUGAGAUAUGACUUUAGCAAGUUGACCCUGUGCAGGUAUUUGAACUGGUCCCAGACCUCAACCUGUGUUCAUGGAUAUCAAAAAACUGCCUUAAAAAUACUGUAAAAAAAGAAUUAUUUCAUAUUUUCUCAACCAAUUUGUUUGUUAAAGGAAUUUGUUUUUGCUUAGAAAGUUAUUUUUUAAAGAAGUAUAUGAUUGAUUACAAAUUGUACUGGCAAAGUCAUUUUAUGCAAGAGAGAAUUUUUAAACUAUGUUAUUAUCAAACUGUAUGUGUUGUCUAUCUUUGUUGUAUGUAAGCAAAAAAUUUACUUGAAAAUCCCACUGGUCCAUCCUGCAUCUGUUAAUACUAAAAUAUCUUAUGUAUAAACAUCUGUCAUUCAAGAAUAUUCCCAGCUGUAGAUUAAUCAGAAAAUAGGCUAUGGCAAACAUUAACCAUGAGAAACAUGAUAUCUUAUUUUGCAUAUUUGUGUACAAAUGGACACGCUCUUUAUCAAUGUAAUUACUAUAUGAAGGGCCUUUAUCUGCCUAUGUUGACAAAACAAGUCUGCCUUUAUUAUCUAAGCAGUGCAAGAAUAAAAAAAGGAUUAAAUAAAUGGUAUUUUUGUAUGA